ACCUAUGUUGGAGUUCUAGAAGAAUGUACAAGAAAUCCCAUUUCUCUGGGGCAGAAUAUUAACCGAAUUUUUCGAUUGCUCUAUGUGCUUAAAGUUUCUCUAUGCUGGGCUUUUAGGGCGACAACUAUAUUUUACCAAUGUUUUUUUGUCAACUUCUUUCAUAAUAUUUAUAUACCUUAACCUUGGUAUUGUCUCCAGCGAAAAAGAAACUUCUCUAUAUAAACCAGUUGUGGCUGGUAAUUAUAGGGUCUUUCAGUGCUUUAUCGACAAAUCUUUAGGAAUAAGGGAGGAGACAGAAAGCAAUAGAUUUGAGACAUGGCUCAUCAUUUGUUCUCGAGUGAGUUAUUUGACGAAGAUACAAUUCAUAGAAUGAAUAGUCUUGCUCUCAGUCUUUCAGAUAUGGCUUACUUUCCAUACCCUUAUUUACCCACACUGGAGAACAAUGCAUGUAUUUCCUCAGAUGAAAGCAGAGAACAUAAGAGGAUUAAGCGAACUCUUAGUUUUGCAGAAUCCACAGGAAGUAAUAGUGGCUUUUAUAGUGUUGGCGGGACAGGAGAUAUUGACAGUAGCAUAAGCCGCAGUAAUAGUACUAAUAGUCUAAAUAGCUUUCGAAUGCAUCAUCUCAGAGAUCAUAUAAAGUCUUAUACUCAAAGAUUUCUUGCAGCCGAGGCUAUUGAAGAGGCUGAGGAAGGUGAAAAUGAAGAAGACGGGAAUAACGCUGAUGGAGUGAGGCUUGUUCAGCUUUUAAUUGCUUGUGCUGAAGCAGUGGCUUGUCGCGACAAGUCUCAUGCCUCUGCCUUAUUGUCUGAGCUUCGAUCUAGUGCUCUGGUCUUUGGCUCUUCUUUCCAGCGUGUAGCAUCUUGCUUUGUCCAAGGCCUUGCUGAUAGACUGUCCUUGGUUCAACCGCUAGGGACGGUAGGUUUCGUUGUACCAAUGAUGAACAUAAUGGACAUUGCUUCUGAUAAGAAAGAAGAAGCUUUACGCCUUGUUUAUGAUAUUUGCCCACAUAUCCAGUUCGGUCACUUUGUGGCCAAUUCAUCAAUACUGGAAGCCUUUGAGGGAGAGAGUUUUGUCCAUGUAGUGGACUUAGGCAUGACGCUUGGGUUACCACACGGACACCAAUGGCGCCAUCUGAUCCAAAGCCUCGCUAAUCGUGCUGGCAAGCUGCCCAGCCGCCUUAGAAUUACUGGCGUAGGCCUUUGUGUUGGUAGGUUCCAAACCAUCGGUGAUGAGCUGGUGGAAUAUGCAAAAGAUUUAGGUAUUAAUUUGGAAUUUUCAGUGGUUGAAAGCAAUCUUGAAAACCUGCAUCGUGAUGAUAUAAAAGUGUAUGAAGGUGAAGUAGUUGUUGUGAACAGCAUUCUUCAGCUGCAUUGUGUGGUUAAAGAAAGUAGAGGAGCUUUGAAUUCUGUGUUACAGAUUAUUCAUUCUCUUUCACCAAAACUUCUUGUUCUAGUUGAGCAAGAUUCAAGCCACAAUGGGCCAUUCUUUCUUGGUAGAUUUAUGGAAGCAUUACAUUACUAUUCUGCAAUUUUUGACUCCUUGGAUGCUAUGCUCCCCAGGUACGACACAAGACGUGCCAAGAUGGAACAGUUUUACUUUGCAGAGGAGAUAAAGAACAUUGUGAGCUGUGAGGGCCCAGCAAGGGUGGAGCGGCACGAGAGGGUAGACCAGUGGCGCAGGAGAAUGAGCCGUGCAGGAUUUCAGGCUGCACCAAUUAAGAUGUUGGCUCAGGCCAAGCAAUGGCUGGGUAAGAACAAGGUCUGUGAUGGCUAUACAGUUGUGGAAGAGAAGGGUUGCUUGGUUCUUGGUUGGAAAUCAAAGCCUAUUGUUGCAGCUUCUUGUUGGAAAUGCUAAACCACUGCCUUUCAAGAAUCAAGUUCAAUAAAUUGGCCCAUGUGGCUUUGUAAUUCAAUAAUACUUUCUGCUGGCAGAAAAUGUUGUGUGCAAAUGCUCUGGUUUCAGGGAAGUGCAAGGCACAGACUUUGCACUGAAAAUAAUUACUCAUUUUGAGUCUGGAAUUUAGCUGUUCAGGAGACUGAACAGAUGAAAUAAAGGAAUUGUAUUUGGUUGUU